AUGGACGAAGGGCCGUCAUCAUCAUCGGAAAAUCCAAACUCGAAUAUUUCGAUGUGCUCGGAUGAAAUAGCACCAGCAAUUCUCAGUACCAGUGGUACUUGGCUACGUCUUUCCAUGCCAUAUUUCCCAAAGAAAAGUGUAGUUUGGCGUUAUUUUGAUCUCUAUGAAUCGGAUGGGUAUAGUCGAGCGGAUACGGAAAGGAUCGUUAAAUGUCGUCUGAUGAGCUGUAUGCGGAAAGAAUUACGUUUGGAUGCUCAAUCAUCGACCAAGGGAAUGUGGGAACAUUUACGCAACAAGCAUCCCGAUGAAGCAUUGAAAUGUGAAAAUGGCUUGGUAGCUCCGCAAGAAGAACCAAACAGUGCAGGAGCGAUGGAAAGUGCAAUGGUUGCAAACCAGCAAAUAUUUGCUGCUCCAAGUCGUUCAAUAUCUGAUGUUUAUGCUCCGUAUUCUUCUUUGGCUGAUGAGAAAAAGUACGAAAUAAUCCAUCGGUUAAUUGGAAAGCUGUUAGAAAGUAUGCAGGAAUGCCAGGAUCGGGUACAUAUCAGCGAUCAGUAUAGCUUGCUUUCUUUUGCUGAUUAUGCUCGUUUACUCGCUAAAGCCAAAACAACAACACAGUUUGUAUGUCGCGAAGCACCAUUAAUGUUACCAGAGCCGGGAACAAUAGUAAUUUACGAUAGCAAAGAUAACGGCGAACUGGAUCUAGAUAUGCUGCAGAUGCGUGAGCACUUAAGGCAGGAUGGUUAUUCAUUCGAUAACAAUGACAGUGGUUUAUUGCCUGAUAAUUUGUACAUAACACGGUUUUUCAGUGGGAAUGGAGACGAUUUUGAGGAUGGUCGAAUCAUGCGUUAUGAAGUUACGACUACAUAUGAAGAUGCGGGUUACGUCCUGUUCCAUUAUGUUAAGGGUACAAAAUACGAAGUGGGAUCAAGACGAAGUACCGGCGAAAUACCUGUUCAUUGCUAUAAACCGAAAGCACCGCGUUUGAAAAGAAUUGAUGAGAACAAGAGAAGAGCAGAUAUUUCAUCGAAUCGUGGGUCACCAGUUUCACAUCUACCAGUUAAAAUUAAGCGAAACGAAUUAGAUGGGUUACAAGCAAUUGCUGGAUGUUUGCCGCCGAGUUUUCAGUCAUUUCUGGGGAACAUUAAAGUGGAAGCAGAUAAAGAUGAAAAUCUUAAUGGUAUGGAUUUGUCUUUUGAGGAAAAUGUGGAAGCUAUUGGAAGUGGAGUGGACGAUUCGCAAAUUGAAGAUAAUUGCGUCAAUAUUGCUGGAUUGUUGACAUCAUCUCAUCCAAAUAGAGAUCUGAAGCAAACACUAAGUGCACACGACGUCAAAGCAGAUACGAAAGUGGAAAAACGCGUUAUGAAUAUUCUGAAAAAAGCAGUUCGUGAUCAGCGUCGCAGUAAAGUUCAUUACUUGGCACGACGAACGAAAAAUGUGAAUUGGGUGAAAGUUGCAGAUGAGCUUCAGAAAAAAGCAAUUAUGAUAGCUGCUGCAACGAGCAAUGGUGAUGCGGCAUCGACAGGAAAUAUGGUAGCACAUGAGUUUGAGGAAGAAGAGGAGGAGGAACAUGAUUGCAGUAAUGUUAAUGAUGAUGGUGACGAUGACGAUGGUGAUAAUGGUGAUGGUGGUGAUAACAAUGAUGUUAGUAAUGAACGUAUGAAUAAUAUUACUCCAAAAUAUGCUGAUACAGCUAACAGUGAUGCUCACAUAUCAAAUACUCUGGACAAUAAUGAGAUUUAG